AUGGAACUUGCACCAUGGCUGCUCCUUCUUCUCCUUGCCUCCGUCGCCUCUCCUUCUUCCGCGACCCGUUACAUAAUUCAAGUGGAGGAGCCGGUCGAGCCGCUGCUGACGGAAUCGAGCCUGAAGAGCUGGCAUGAGUCUUUCUUGCCGCCGGCUGUCGAGGAGUCUGGCGCCGAUCGGCGGCUGCUGCACUCCUACAGCGACGUCUUCAACGGGUUCGCCGCCGUGCUAACAGAGGAGGAGCUGCGGGCGGUGGAGAAGAAGAAAGGCUUCGUCCGCACGUUCCCUGACCGCGUGCUGCGCGUGAUGACCACCCACACGCCGGAUUUCCUCGGACUCAAGGUCGGGAGGGGGCUGUGGGACGACUCGAAGCUAGGGAGCGGAGUCAUCGUCGGAGUCCUCGACACCGGAGUGACUCCCGGACACCCUUCCUACGACGACGAGGGAGUGCCGCCUCCGCCCUCAAAGUGGAAGGGCUCGUGCGAGCUGGAGACCGGUUGCAACAACAAGCUCAUCGGCGCCAGGUCGAUGCUCUCGGGUGGGGGCCCUCCCAUCGACGAGGGCGGCCAUGGGACCCACACGUCUACCACCGCCGCAGGUAACUUCGUCCGCAACGCGAGUUACUUCGGUUUGGCCAAAGGCACUGCCGCUGGGAUGGCCCCUCGGGCCCACCUCGCCAUCUACCAAGUCUGCCUCGGCGACGGCAGCUGCAGUACCUCCGACAUCCUCGCCGGGUUGGACGCGGCUGUCAAGGACGGUGUUGACAUCCUCUCUCUCUCGCUCGGCGGCGCUUCCACCCCUCUCGACCAAGAUCCGAUCGCCAUCAGUGCGUUCGCGGCGGCCAGGAAGGGCAUCUUCGUCAGCUGCGCCGGCGGCAACAGUGGACCUAGCUACUACACCCUCUCCAACGAGGCGCCGUGGAUCCUCACCGUGGCAGCCAGCAGCGUCGAUCGAAGCUUCAGGGCUUCCGUGAAGCUUCCCGACGGGAAGGUGAUCGCCGGAGAGUCUAUUGACCAGCCGCGCAACUUCACUAAAAGAUCUCUUCCCUUGUACUACUCUACCGACUCGCCGGCAUGCCUGGAUGCUCCCGCUGAUAGCCACAGGGGCAGCGUCUGGGUCUGCGAGGCUGGCCGCGAAAGUGCCUCAGAUGUUGCGGCGUACGUCAAGUCCCUCGGCGCCAGAGCUUUGAUCUUCAUUUCCUCGGAGGGCCAGGGUGCCACCAUCCCGAUCAGGAGGAUGAACUUCCCCGGAGUAGUGCUCACCGCCCAAGAAGGCUCUGACCUCAUAUCGUAUUUGAACUCCUCCUCCGACCCCUCCGCGUCGAUCGUCUUCAGUAAGACAGUUCUCGGCGUAUCCCCCGCCCCCGUCGUGGCUUACUUCUCCUCUCGUGGGCCGUCGCAGGCAACGCCGGGCAUCAUCAAGCCAGACAUCUCCGGCCCGGGCCUUAACAUCUUCGCGGCCUGGAUUCCUUCUGAAGGCGGCAAUAGUGACAGUCCGCACUACUUUAUCAACUCCGGCACGUCCAUGGCCACGCCUCACCUCAGCGGCAUCGCGGCGAUCUUAAAGGCCGCACACCCUACUUGGUCGCCGGCAGCUAUCAAGUCGGCUAUCGUCACCACGGCAAAUGCCGACGUCUCUGACGAGUUACUCAAGCCGACUAUCUAUUUCACCAAGGGUGCAGGAAACGUCAACCCUAACAAAGCUACCGAUCCUGGCCUUGUUUACGACAUCACCGACGAUGACUACAUUUCCUACAUUUGCGGCAAAUUCGGAAAAGAAGGCGCUAGAAAUAUAGCGCGUGUACCCGUCGAUUGCUCGAAGAGUGUGACGGAAGCGGAGCUCAACUACCCGUCGAUUCUGCUAUCCCCCAAAGGUAGGGCGGCGGUCAAAGUGAGCCGAACGGUAACAAAUGUCGGACCGGCAAGAUCGAGCUACAAUGUGUCGCUGACAAUAUCGAAGUCUGCCGUGUCGGCUACUGUCACCCCCAAGACACUAACGUUCACCAAGCUGAACGAGAAGAAGUCGUUCAGCGUGAGCGCGAAAUGGGCCACCGGCGCACCUCCCCGUACCGGCAAUCCAUUCGUUGAGGGGAAGUUGACUUGGACCUCCGAUGAUGGAAAGCAUGUGGUGACGAGCCCAUUGCUCGUCUCCGCCCUGGAGUGA